ACUGUGCCUGAGGAAUUGUUGAAAAACGUUUCUGGUGUCAUCCGCCAAGUGAUGCCCGUUCCCAAACCUCUUGAGUCCUACACAGCUGAAGAAAUAAAGAACUAUCCCAAACUCUUUGACUGGCCGGAUGAUUAUGCUGUUGGUCGGUUGAGUCCACUUACGAAGCCCCGUCCACGAGCUGGAAAAACUCCCAAGUAG